AUGUCCGAGCUUGAUAUUGUGAACGUCGCGGCCACUAUAAUGACUAUCGUGCUACUCUUCUCGCCAUUGCCAGAUUACCGACGGAUUCAGUCGCAAAAGUGUACGGGCGAAGUACGCGUACUACCCGUUUGUAUGCUGGGUGUCACAUGCUAUACAUGGGCCAUCUAUGGCUACUUAAGUGGCAUCUACUUCCCCAUCAUGUCCAUUAAUGUGUUUGGGACACUCACGUCGCUAGGUUUCUCACUCGUCUACUACCGCUGGAGUUCUGACCGCUCGACUUUGCACAAAAUGGGAGCUCUCGUGGGUUUAUGGAUUUUAAUAACGCUUCUUGUCAUCGGGCUUUGCAAAACGAAUGUCAUUCCACUCUCGCUUUAUUUUCAAAAGAAAAUCAUCGGCUUCGCUGCCGUCUUCAUCAACAUUUUUCUUUACGCAUCACCAAUGAAGACAAUAAAGAUCGUAUUACGGACAAAAUCAGCAGCGUCGUUACCAGUGACCAUGUGUUGUGUGAAUCUUGUCACAGGGUCAUUAUGGAUGCUUUUUGGUAUCCUGACCAAUGACAUGUUUGUAGUCAUCCCCAAUGCUCUUGGUGUAAUGCUAUCUGCCAUCCAAGUGCUGUUGUGUGUCAGAUUUCGACACCUUGAAAUUGUCAUCGCAGCUCAUGAUAUCACUGUUAUGGAAGUCAAAAGUGAAGCUUUAUUAUAA